GGCUGCACUGUUGGGCACAGGUGGGUGCACUGCUGGGCACAAGUGGGCGGAACUGGUGGGUGGCACUGCUGGGUACCGAUCAUCAGGGCACUGAUCAUAAGUGCCCUGAUGAUCGGUGCCGAUCCCUGCUCUAACAACUGUCGGGCACUGAUGAUCAGUGCCCUGAUGAUCGGUGCCCAGCAGUGACACCCGCAAGUUCCGCCCAGCAGUGCGCCCACUAGCCCGCCCACCCGUUCCCAGCAGUGCCCCCACCUGUGCCCAGCAGUG